UUUGCUGUGAAAAAAAUCAUUUUCACUGUGGGAAUCGGACUGUGCUUCAAUGAAAAAAAUAAUCAUUUUCAAUAGCAGCCAAAAUUUGCAAGAUCUUUUGCCCGGGACGCAAUUAAAAAACACUCGAUAGUGUUGCGUUUGUGUUUUUGCAAAGAACCUAAUUGCCGCGCCGCUUUGUUGUUAUUGCUUUGUGGUGCUGCCUGUCUUCCGCGCGGACGCUUCUGUACAGAAGUACAUCAUUUUGGCAAUACAUUUUUUUGCACGUGGGACUCCAUAGCGCCGCAAUAUGAGCAGCACUCCAAACAGCGAGGUGCUGCUGGUGCCGGCCACGACGCCCUUGCCAUCCCCACUGGCCAAACUCGAUGUGGACUUCUCAGGUUCGAACUAUGAGAUGCACUUGAGCCUUUCUGACGAGGAGCGUCGCUACUAUCUUAAAGCGUACCCAACCGUCGAUGUGAUCAACCAGCGAAAAGUCCACUGCACUGUAUGCAAACUGCACAUGGGAACGGCCCCUGGCUCGGAGUGCACCAUCAAGAUGCACCCCAUUCUGCGCGUGACGCACUGCGUCAAGUGCCACGAUUUUUACAACAGCGGAGAGUUCUCCAAGGGCGAGGAUGGCUCGGAGCUCUACUGCCGCUGGUGUGGCCAGGGCGGCGAGGUCUAUUGCUGCUCCACAUGUCCGUAUGUUUUCUGCAAGUCUUGCAUCGUCAAGAAUCUGUCGCGCGACAUCAUUAUGGACAUUGAACAGAACGAGAAUUGGAACUGCUUCAACUGCACACCCAAAAUCCUAUGGCCUCUGCGCGCCCAGCACUGGGCUCUAGUCAACUACAUCCAAACACAAAAGCGCGGCCUGCAGAGUCUGCAACUGCCCGAAGUGGAGGCGCGCCGCCAGAUGAUGAAGGACAACAGUACGUGCUGCCGUCUUGCCAAGGCGAAGGCAAACAGCCUUUCCGAUUCCGCGGAGAGCCUUGAAUCAAUUGCUUCGAAGCGCAGCCACACCAGUUCCGUGAGCUCUGCUAAAAAGGGCCCGGCGCCAAAGCAGCAAGGUCCACCUACUAAGCGACCCAAGACGUCAAACGACGAAGUCGUCUGCACUCCCGAUUUGCUGAGCAUGCUGGAGCCCGACUGUCAGAUCUCAAUGAGCCCAAAGGCGUCAACUCGUCUCCCGGCCCCACCGGCUAAUAUAACAACCACCACGCCACGGAUUGUUACCGUACAGCAAAACUAUACAGGACCCAGUCCCAGUCCCAGCAACAAUGGUACAUCUUCUCCUCGGACCAGCCUGCCGCCCCCGCUGGUGCUGAGUGGCUCGGGCGUUCGGUACCGCCAAAAUUCACCAGCCAGUGUUGUGCGUCGAACCGUGGUGCCCAAUAGCGUUCGGAGCACUGGGCCCGUCUUCCACACCAUCAACGGAUUCCGCGUCGAUCUGAAUAGCGCCGCCCAGCAGGACUCGUACCGCCUGCCCAAUGGACGGCUCAUCCAGGUCAAGCGCCAGAUGCCACCCGGUAGUCAGCCUGCAACCGCUUUAACGCCCCCCACUCCGAUGUCUGUGGGUCCGAUGGGUCAGGUCCUAAUUCGACCCCGUUCUCUUGCAACCGCUCCGACGACCGUUCGCCAAGUGCCCAGCACAAACCCUAGCCCAGUCGGCACACCGUCAGCCAUGGCAUCUAACAUGGGCAGCAAUAUGGGAAUCUACAAUCCGCAGAUCAACCAACAGCAGCGAGCUCCGCAAGUUGUGCGCCUGGGAAAUGUUAGUCAGACAAGUGCAAGUGCCAGUGCCAGUGGCGGGUCUUUACCGGCGCAGUCGAACGCUAAUGGGGGAGCAGGGACAAUGAUAUCUACGGUGCAACCGAACAAGGGCCCUGCAUUGAUGCGCCAUGUGUUUCCCAAUAGCGCCAUUGGACAGGCGCGUGCUCAGCUGCAGGAGCAGAUAUUCAAUGCCAUGGACAUAUGCACUCAUCUUACUGGGAAAGUGGUCUCUCUGACCCAUUCGAAUGCCUAUAAUCAGGCGCGCAGCUAUAUGGAUCUAAAGGAGCUGUACAUUCAUAUGUCCUAUUUGAUGACUUAUGCCAUCGGACGCUUCAAACAUCUGCAGGAGAAGUGCCUGGUCGAUAUGCGUGAAAUGGGCUUUAAGAACGAUGCCAACAGCCUGGAGAACGGCCAAUUGGCUGCCGAUAAACAAGCCAGCGAUGACGAGGAUAACGAGAUCGAGAUUGUGGAGCCCAAGACGGAUACCAUUACCAUUGAUUCGGACAACGAAGACGACGGGUGCUCGGACUCGAACAGCAAGAAGAUCAUAAAGAUAACUUCUGUUGCGUCUCAGGCUCCGAAAACGGAAGCACUGAAGAAUCAAGUCGCGGAAUUGCCGCCGAGUGAGGCCGAUAUGGCUGCCUUUAGUUCAACCAUCUUGGCCAGUCUUCUCGAAGUGGACAUCACCGAGGGCACUGCCGAGCCCAAGUCCGUUUCACCAGGACACAAAAAGCAGCCUCGCAAAAAGACAACGAACAAGCCGAAUCCAGCAUUGCUUCAAUUAGAGCGCCAGCGCAUGGAGGAGAUCAAGCACACCGAUGCCAAGUUGAAAAUGAAAGUCAGGGUCGUGUUGCGACGAGCCGAGGAAGAGUUUGAGGUGGCGCGUAAAUGGGCUAAGAACCGCGAUAAGCAGAACAAGAUUUGGAGUAAAGCUCAUCAGACAAAGACCGAUGCUCAAAAAACGCCAGCCGACGGACCCAAUGAGAUUCCUAUCCAAGAAGAAAAAGAACCGCAACUCUGCAGUACAGGGCAGUCCAGCCCGAAUAAACAAGAAGCAGACAAAGAAACGGAAAAGGCGGAGAAUGACAAAUCAGAGGUCCCGAGGGAAAAGAUUGCAGAUGAUGAUCACCAAAAGUUAGGAGUAGCAGGAGACAAGCAGCAAAAGGAAGCUCAAACCGAGCCUGAAACGGAAGCUCAAACCGAGCCUGAAACGGAAGCUCAAACCGAGCCUGAAACGGAAGCUCAAACCGAGCCUGAAGCUGGAGCAGCAGCUGUUGAUCAGGUGGACGAAAAGGAAUUCUUAAGUAUAAACCCAGUUGUACGUGAAGACUUGGAAAUCAUAGAGCCCGAAGCCGAAGUUCUGAAGGAGAAAUGUUCGGAUAAAGAAAAAUCUAAGUUUAAUGAAGCAAUGGACACUUCCACUGAAAGCUUCGCUGCUAAGCCGCUGGAAAGAAUGGACAUAGACAUCCCCAGUGAAAAAACUGAUGCAGUAGAUGAAGCAAAAGAUGUGGAUGGUAUGGGACUAAAAGACCUUUGCAAUCCCAGUCCCAUAGUAUCUACAGCGGAAGCGGAUAGCAAUCUUGAAAUUGUAGCUCCCGAAACUGACACAGAAACUUCGGUGAUGCCACCGCGUGAACCCAUCCCAAAAGAAAAUCAAAUCGGGGAGGUCUGCAAUUCGCCACGUGAAUCUGAACCACUGACUGAGAACGGAACGACUCCUUCUAAAUCCACUGUUACCUUGACGGUUGACAACGCCGAAGCAUAUUUGGCAGGCUUACACGAAAAUGUCGAUUCGAAAGUCACGACUUCGGAGGAGUCUACUUCAAAUGCGACUACCACCCGGCAACUCCUCGGCUAGUUUGUGGUGAUCAUUCGAGGUCCCGACGACAACUUUGCGUAAGACCUCGACACCCUGUAUUUCAAUAUCACAUUGGUCGUUUAUGCAUAUGUAUAUAGAUCCAAUGAGAUACAAGAAAACAGCCAAUCAUUUGUUUAGUAACUUUAAUUUUGGUUUAAAUUGAAUUUAACUUGUUUUACGAAUCGUAUUUGGCAAUUCGAUAUAACAUAAUCACAUAUUUCUAAAUUUUUGUUCAUAUUUUUUGAUUUAUGAUUCACAACUGUACAAACUGAAUGAAUUAAUUAUAAUGUUAUUGCAUGUUCAUGGGGAAUUACUCCAAUUAAUGCAAAGUAUUUUGGCGCCCAGAAAAUGUCUUUAUUUAAAGUGCUAUUGGCAGCAUAGAUCUAAUAUUUUCACACCAGAAUCGGUAUGUUUGGGAUUACCUUUCCAUUCUGUACACAAAUCUUCAUGAUAGGAUAGUGUUAUGUAUUGCAUUUAAUCAUUCAUUGUUAUAUUCCCGAAAUGCUAACGCAGUUCGGCAUCGAUCUAAAGAUGGUCUGAAAUGGUACGAGUAUCUGGGACUGCUCCAUUUAUAAAAUUUAUGAGUAAAUUUUGCAAUCAGAAACUGAUCAAGAAAGCAAGCCAGUAGAAAAUAUUUAGUACUUAGGAUAUUAUAUUAAUAAAAAUAAAUACUUAAA